UUUAUGGUGCCUAUCAGCUGUUGAGACGAGGGGAUUGACUAAAGUGGAGGCUCAUCGCUGUCAAUUAAAAAAACGAUUGACCCCUGACCCCGCAAAAAUGUCGAAACCCCAGGAGUUCGCGCUGCCACGUGCCCCCGAGGACUUGUGCUUCAAAUCCUCGGACUUCAUCGCCCCGGACUUCGACGUCGACAAUUUUCUGCACGACCACCGUAAACUGGCGACCCUGGAGACGAUGAGGGAUGACCUAGGGGUUUACCUGAAGAUUCUGCGCUCGGCGAUGAUCGAGUUGAUCAACAAGGAUUACGCGGACUUCGUAAACCUCUCGAAGGACUUGAUCGGCCUGGACAAGGCGAUAGACCAGCUCGAGUGUCCCCUGGGGCAGAUUCGAGAGGAAGUCCUGCAGAUACACCAGACACUGGACUCGGCGACGACGGAGAUGUCGAAUGGUCUGGAGGAGGACAGAAGAAUCCGAGAGGAGAAACAGUGCAUGCACAGCCUGGAGAGGGUGUACAAGUCCCUGGAGAAGUUGAAGCACAUCCUCGAGGAGUCCGAGUUCCACCAGGUGGACCGCCUCGAACGAGGAGCAACUGAGUACAAUCAGCUGAUGUUCCACGCCUCCAGAUGCAUCCAGUACAUCUCUCCAGAUAUUCAGGAGAGUAUCGACGCCCUGGAGAAGACGCUGAUGACACUAUUAUCGCGUCAACUGCUGUCACUCCUGCAGGAGAGGUCGGAAGGGCCCCGGGAGGGGCUCGCCAGAUGCCUGAGGAUCUAUGUAAACCUCGACAGGAUCAGAGAGGCUGAGGAUCUCGUCAGGAGGAGAAUCGUUGCACCUGUCGUCGAAGACGUAAUCGUCGAAAGAAAUAUUUACAACGAACCACGAGGGCUUCAGGGGCUCUAUGACAGACUCUUGGAGGUACUCACCGUCGAGAUGAAGGGUCUUCUCAUCCUGGAGGGGAUUCUCGAGUCCGACGAGGGCAAGGGAUUCAAUUUCAUCGUUAAUUCGUACUGGGUUGAGGUCGAGGAAAAAAUUGAGCUGCGUCUCAAGUCCAUAUUUGCCGCUGGCAAUCCUGAUCUCUUUCAUCAGAGGUUCAGGGAGACCCUCGAGUACCUGAGUGCCGUGGGGAGGCACUGCAGCAACUCCAGGAUCCUCCAGGAAUUUAAGACACAUCCUCUUUACAUUCAGUUCAUGAAGAAGUGGAAUUUACCUGUUUAUUUUCAGAUUCGCUUUCAGGAAAUCGCUGGAAGUGUUGAGCAACUCCUGGGGGAGUCUGCGUCGCCCGGGGCGAUCAAACCUAGAGGGAAUCCUCAAGACUUCUCGUUGAAUCAGACAGAAGUCGUCUGGGGAGCGUUGGAGAAAUGCUGGAGUGAUGGAAUUUUUCUUCAGCAACUGCUGCAUCAGUUCUGGAAGCUCAACCUCCAGAUUUGCUCCAGGUUCAGGGUAUGGGUGGACAACAGCCUCAGGCAGACCUGGAUAUGGAGCUCUGAGGGUGGGGCACAGGGCAGACUAGAAUUCCUGGUGCUGCUGUACUCCGAUGUCAUGAAAUUCGAGGAGAAACUUGAGAGGUUACUGGAAUUCGCUGAGGGUAGACUCGGGGAGUUGUUUGGGAGGGCUGAUGAUGUCCUCAGGGUGUCCCUCCAGGAGGUGAGGGCGGGUCUCAGGGCGGAUAGGCCUGGGAUCAGUGAGGAAAUUGUCAGGGAACUUCUGGGGAAGAGUCUCGAGAGCUUGAAACAAGUCAGUGAUAUCCCGAGGCUCUUCAGGAGGACCAUGAGGGAGAGGCCCACACAGGCCUGUGCAUAUGUCAGAAAUGCUGUUGGAGGUCUCAAGGAGUUCCGGGAGAUGUACAAGGACGUGGGGCACCACGUCGUCGACCAGUGGAUGCUCAUGGCACUCUCUCAAUUGGCAGAACAGUAUUUUAUCUCGGUGAAGGAUGUCCUGGAGUCUGUCCAGAAGACCGAGGAGAGCCUCAGAAGGCUGAAGAAAAUCAGGGACAAAUCCUCUGGCGUCUCGCAACCUGAAACCCAGGGAAUCACUGAUGAUGAGAAAAUUAGGGUGCAGUUGGAAAUCGACGUCAACACCUUCUGCGAUUCUGUUAAGUCCUUCAACAUCGAUGUAUCGAGUAUUGGAAAACUUGAAGAGUUGAGAGAAAUUGUCGAAGCAGCUGUGAAAAAUAAAAGCUGAAAGCAAUAUUCAUGAAAAUUGAAUUCUCACAAUUUAUUGAAUCUAGCUGUUACCAUUAAUUUGUUUAUAACUCGAAAAGUACUGGAAUUAGAAAAAAAUGUCACUGGAA